AGGCGACGCUCGUCGCUCACGGCCCCCUACACAAAAACGCCGCAAACACGCAGUUUUCGCAUUCGCCCAGGCACGGAGAGACCCGUUUUCGAAAUUAAAUUAUGAGGAACGCUCAUUUCAAAAGAGACAAGAGGAAGUACUAUCUGUGGCAAUAAAAAAAAACCAGCAUGCAUGCGAAAUUUUCGUGCGGUUUCCACACUUCCUCUUCUUAGAUAGUAAUAAUGCCUGCGGCUCUUUUUCAGUCGACCAGUAGGUGAUUUUCAGCGGCGACGCGAGCGACUCUCUCACGUUCCCUUUUUUUUUUAUUGAACAAAGGACCGCCGGUGUCGGGUGCGAUGUGCGCUAGGAAAUUCUGUGGUUGGUGCCACAAGUGGUGCUUUGGUGUUUUUGUUCUAGUGCUUUGUUUGGGAUUAGAUGGCGCCCGCGGGUUGUCCUUAGCCAGGAUAAAGAGGGAACACAUAAGCGAGGGAGUUCAAUCCUACUUGAUGCAGUUCGGGUAUAUGGACCGAACGAGAGAUGGCGCCUUUGCCUUGCGAACGGAGGAAUCGGUUCGCGAUUCGCUGAAGGAGUUGCAGGAGUUCGCGGGUUUGAAUGUAACGGGACAACUGGAUGAACCGACGAAGAAGUUGUUAAGGACUCCUAGGUGCGGGUUACCCGACAAGAACGUCGAGGAAUUUCGACAGACUUCAGGAAGGAGGAAAAGAUUCGCCAUCCACGGACCCAAAUGGCCGCAUACCAAUCUGACGUGGAGCUUAAGGAGCAAGCAGCUGGACAACCUCAACCCCUACGAGGUGCGCUACGUCAUCUCCAAGGCGCUGGCCGUAUGGUCCAAGCACUCCCAGCUGACCUUCACCGAGGUGGAGAGCGACAAAGCCGACAUCCUCAUAUACUUUUACAGGAGGGACCACGGCGACCACUUCCCCUUCGACGGCAGGGGCGUCAUCCUGGCGCACGCCUUCUUCCCCACGGGGACGCGAUCCAGCGUCGAAGUCCACUUCGAUGCCGACGAGAACUGGACCACCUCUGGCAAGAGCGACGAAGGCACUAAUCUGUUCAACGUGGCGGCCCACGAAAUAGGCCAUUCCCUCGGCCUGUCUCAUUCUAACGUGGAGGAUGCUCUCAUGUACCCCUGGUAUAAAGAGAUGGAGGAUGGAUUCGACUACGAACUCCCAGAAGAUGACAAACAAGCCAUACAACACCUCUAUGGUCCCAGAGACUCCAGGCGUAACUGGGGCGUCAUACCCAAAUACCGACCUGUACAUACUACCACCACCACCACUACCACAACCACGACGACGACGACCACCCCCAGACCCACCCAGAGGGUUCACCACACGAGGCCGACAAAGAGGCCGUAUGUACCUCAGUAUCCGCACGGCAGGAACCCCUACAACCCUUACAACCCCUACUACCCCAACAAGCCCACUCACCCUAAUGAGAAGAAGCCUCACUACCCCAAGCAGAACCCCUACCGGCCAGAGAGGAAGUACCCUAAACAGCACACACCAGACAGGACAUAUCCAGAGAGAGGGCGUCCCACCGAGAGGUAUCCUUCAUUCAGUCCAGACAAGUACCCCAAACACACGCCUGAGAGGAACCACCCCCACAGGGACAACCCACCCAAAGAGUACCCAGGUGAGAAACCACCAAACACCUGCGACACCAGCUACGACGCCGUGGCGGUCAUCAGGCGGGAAGUCUUCAUCUUCAAAGACGCCUUCUUUUGGAGGAUCGGAGACAACGGCCUGUCGGCCGAAUAUCCGGCCAGGAUCGACCGCCUCUGGCGCGACCUGACUCACGUGGACGCAGUCUACGAGCGUCCCGACGGUCGAAUCGUAUUCUUCGUCGGGGAUAAGUACUAUCUGUACGGGGGCAGCAACUUGGAGCGGGGCUACCCUAGGCCCUUGACACAGCUGGGUCUCCCUAAGAGCCUGAAGAAGAUCGACGGGGCAAUGGUGUGGGGUCACAACGGACACACGUACUUCUACAGCGGGGACAUGUAUUGGAAGUUCGAUGAAGACGUUCAACGUGUCGAACUGGACUACCCCCGCAACAUCUCCAUGUGGAAGGGUGUGGGUACGGACAUUGAUGCAGUUUUCCAGUGGAAAGACGGUAAAACGUACUUCUUCAAGGGCAAGGGCUUCUGGAAGUUCAACGACGUCCACAUGAGGGUGGAGCACAUCGAGCAGAGGCUGUCCGCGCCCUUCUGGAUGGGCUGCAGCAAAAACUACGAGGAGAACGAUUUGGGCGAGAAGCUGCCCUACAGAGACAUGUACAGGGCGCACAGCAGCGCCAGUACGAGCGGUAGUCUACACGCUUUGGCAUUGGCGUUACUACUUCUUUUAAGCCUAAGGUUAAAUUCUUAGUUUGGAUUAAGUGGCAAGGGGGAGAGUUCGAUUCGAAGGUGUUCCACUUACUCAAGUACGGCGUACUUUUGAUAAGUGGGAAGACGAGACGGCUCAGGCAACUGUUCUGUGUAGAACAAGCAGAGAAAUAGUCCUCAAAAUUGGUUCGGGCAUGUCAUUUAAUUAAAAACGUGUUAUGGAAUCGAUGGGGCAACAUUUAUUACAGCCAACAAAAAAAAAACAUUACUGAAGUGUGUCAUAUCACAAAGGAUAAUAAAACUGUAUUUUUUAAAUAUUUUUGGAAAAUUUUCAAAAUUUGUCUGUUUUUGAACGGAUUCUAAUUUAUCUGAUUUUCUGGCUAGACUGUUGCUUCCGGUUAAAUUAAAAAGUACUCUGUGCAAUGUAAUGUACAGGAUGUCAAGCAAAAUAAUGUAACGAAUUUUAAAAAUUAAGUUCGUACGAGCUUCACAAGUUGACUAUUCUCACUUUUUUCAAAAGCUUGACCAAAAAUUCGAAAAGUUUGAUCUAUGAAAAAACCGUUACUAAAUUUCGAAUUCAGAUUUAACAUUUUAUCCUCAAACUAAAAAUAUUGACUUAAAAACACAAAAUUUUAAGUUCGUACUUGAAAUUUAAACUCGAAAUUUUGAGUUCAGAACGAAAA